CGUCGUCGCGUCUCGCUCUCUCGGCGGCGGCAGGUGACGGUGGCUCGGGCGGGUGUUUGCUCGUCGCUCAGCGGUGAAGAGACGGAGCAGCGCGAGCCAGGCCCGCGGAGAAGUUGAAACGCUAGUAGUGUUCUCUUGUGCAGCUCAGAAGAAUGAGCCAACAGUGGGAAAAAGUACACUAUAUUCUGAUUGGAUACAUUUGAAGAGGACAAUUUUAGUCUUGCGGCAUGCGUCAGCAGGAACCAUACUAAAAAAGAACUCAAGCCAUGUGAAUAAGCAAAAAGUCCUAGAUAAGCCAGUUCCACACUUGAAAGUCAAGAAGCAGAAUUUGAUUAGUUUGGCAAUAUCUUCUAGAGACUACACACAUCUGUGUAAACUAGGAAUGUCUCAGUUUCUCUGCUGAGAGCCAGCAUUCCAAGACAGAAUGAUGGCUGGCUGUGGUGAAAUUGAUCACUCGAUCAACGUGCUUCCCACUAAUAGAAAGACAAAUGAGUCAUGUUCCAAUGCAACACCUUCCCUGACAGUCCCUGAAUGUGCUAUCUGUCUGCAAACGUGUGUCCACCCAGUGAGUCUGCCUUGUAAACAUGUUUUCUGCUAUCUGUGUGUGAAGGGAGCUUCCUGGCUUGGGAAACGAUGUGCACUGUGUCGGCAGGAGAUUCCUGAGGACUUUCUUGACAAGCCAACCUUACUAUCUCCAGAGGAACUCAAAGUGGCAAGCAGAGGCAAUGGGGAAUAUGCUUGGUACUAUGAAGGUAGAAAUGGUUGGUGGCAAUAUGAUGAACGUACCAGUAGGGAGCUGGAAGAUGCCUUUUCCAAAGGUAAAAAGAGUACUGAAAUGUUAAUUGCUGGGUUUUUGUAUGUAGCAGAUCUUGAAAACAUGGUUCAGUAUAGGAGAAAUGAGCAUGGACGUCGCAGGAAAAUAAAACGGGACAUAAUAGAUAUACCAAAGAAGGGAGUGGCUGGGCUUAGGUUGGACUGUGAUUCUAACACUGUCAAUCUAGGAAGAGAGAGCUCUGCUGAUGGCGCAGACAGUACAUCGGCUCUGGGGGCUGCUGCUGCGCAGCCUCUAGCAUCCGUUUCUGCUAGACCCCUAACUUCACUAGAUGGUCAGCUGACGAGUCCUGCAACACCAUCACCUGAUGCAAGCACUUCUUUAGAGAACUCUUUUGCCCACUUACAAAUAAACGGAGACAGCAUGGCUGAAAGAAGUCAUAGGGGAGAGGGAGAGGAAGACCAUGAGUCAUCAUCUUCUGGUAGGGUGCCAGCCCCCGAUACCUCCGUUGAGGAAACCGAAUCGGAUGAUAGCAGCGAUAGUGAGGAUGUGUAUGCUCAACUUCAGCAACACACGUCCUCUGCCCAGCAAAGACACUUGAAUGUGAACGCAAACCAAUCAGUAAUAGAGAGACCAGUGGCAGGGGGUGGGGCAGUAAGCACCAGUGUAAGAUCUAGAAGGCCUGAUGGACAGUGCACGGUAACUGAAGUUUAAAUUUAGAGCCAUGUGUUAAAAACUCAGACCAGUAUCUGUGUAAACUUUCUGUCCAUGCUGGCAUUGCACUCAAACCUAGCAGUGUAUUUGAAGUGGGAGGGGGGAAAAGGGAGAAACAGAUUUGGCCUGUUAACUUAAAGUCUCAACAUGUCUCAGCUGGAAGACUCUUUAAAUGUAAGAAACUGGGGUGUCUUGUUAAUGGUUUGAAAGCUACUUAGCAAUACCCAGUUUUCUUGAAAAUGUCUUUUGUGUUUAUUUUGUAGCAUUUUACCCCGUGGAGAUACUCAGUCCCUUUUUGGCCAAUGUAUAUCCACUGUACAACUCAGAUUGUCUUCAUUAUCUGACUGUUGCAUUAAGUGUCUUACUACUUUCUGCAUGGAUUGAUGUAUGAAAAGAACACUACAGCAAUGUGGGAACAGGCAAGAUGUUGGGUAUGAGCAGGAUGCUUAAUUUAAUGUGAGAAAAUAAUGUGUGAGUUUGGAGUUAAGAUGUGUUUUAUUAGACAAAGCAAUCAUUUUAUCUUCAUGCAAUGGAAAUGUAAAAAUGCUAUUAACUUUUGUUGAAAAUUCUUAUCUGUACACACUUCAUUGCAUUUUCAUUGGCUUUGCUGUCUAGUCCUUGUAGUUUGUUUUUGAGGUCUUUGUUGAUCUGUCUUGUUUUUGUUACAAAAUUUAUAAUUUAAUAAAAACUACACUUUAACAAUC